AACUUUGCAAAUGUAAAUGUAAUGCAUUGAACACAUUGUGAACAUACUAUUGAAUAUAGCAUUCAAGUGAUCAUCAAAACAGUCUAUCAAUUGAUUCAAAUAUUAAUAGUUUUUACAAACAAUGAGUGACUCAUUGAUUGACUAUUAAAUUGUUAGUCAUAUAAACAUAAAUAGAUGUUUAGCUAAAUAUUAUAUUAAAAUUAUGACAACAAUACAGUGCUUUCAAUUGAUUUGAAACAAUAGCUAAUUAUGGCAAAUGACAUGUAAUUAAAUAUUAAAAAAGUCAAUCAAUGAUAAACUGGUGAUCAGUCGCGAAGGUCAUUGAAAAUGGGAAUCAAUUUAUCGACGACAACAUCACCGGAACACCAGUCGGUCAAUAAUCGCCACAAGAGUGUCAACAAUCAUCACAUCAAUAGUGUUGUGUCACAUGCGGUCACUUUGAGUGAUAAACAGUCCACUCAUGAGGUCGACAAUCAAAUGCCUGAAUCUAAUGAACUGGAGAGACGAUUCACUAAAGUGUUGGCAUCCAUGGACUUACCUCCAGAUAAGGCCAAACUCUUGAGAAGUUAUGACAUGGAAAGGAAAUGGGAAAUGAUUAGAGAUCAGGAAAAGGUGACAGCAAAAGAGUCACCAGAAUUUUAUCUGCAAAAGUUGUCCACUUAUUUGGACCCCAAAGCCAGCCGAAGCAGUAAAAAAGUUAGACAAUUGGGUCCAUCGACUUCCACUCAAGUGCUCAGAGAUCUGGAGAUAUCUUUGCGAACCAAUAAUAUUGAGUGGGUUCGCGAGUUUCUCUCGGAGAAUAAUAGUGGUCUCGAUAUACUCAUUGAAUAUCUGACGUUUCGUUUAGUGACACAACAGAAGACACAACAACAGCUCAAAGAUAAUCAACAACAACCACAACAGCAGACAAACCAUCAAAAUGGUAGCGCAGAUAAUCUGACCGCAAGUCAAGACAUUCAUACAAAUAGCAGUUUAUUGAGGUUUGAGCGACCAUCGCUAUUGUUUUCACGACAACAUUCAACUAAAUUAAGGUUAGGCCAAGUGGGUGAUGAUGUUCACGUAUGCAUUAUGUGUAUGCGUGCUAUUAUGAACAAUAAAUUUGGUUUCAAUUUGGUUAUGGAGCACAACAAUGCCAUCAACUGUAUAGCCCUAAGUCUGAAUCACCAAAGUUUGCGGACAAAGUCAUUAGUGUUGGAACUGUUGGCCGCUAUAUGUCUUGUAAAAGGUGGCCAUCAAAUCAUUUUGAAUGCAUUCGACAAUUUCAAAGACGUCUGCAAUGAGAAGAAUCGUUUCCAAACAUUAAUGCAUUACUUUAUGAAUUACGAGAAUUUUAAUAUAGAUUUUAUGGUCGCGUGUAUGCAAUUCAUUAAUAUUAUCGUUCAUUCUGUAGAAGACAUGAAUUUUAGAGUUCAUCUUCAGUAUGAGUUCACACAAUUAGGUUUAGAUGAUUAUCUUGAGAACAAAUUGAGAAACACGGAAUCUGAAGAUCUUCAGGUUCAGAUUCAGGCCUAUUUGGACAAUGUCUUUGAUGUCGGCGCUCUUAUGGAGGACGCCGAGCACAAGAACGCUGCACUCGAACAGUGCCAACAAAUGGCACAACAGUUAUCGCACGCACACGAAGUAGAACACGAAUGGGAGGCCAGAUAUGAAGAGUUAGAACGAACUCUGUUUGAAUUAAGUCAAGAAAAAGAUGAACUGUUUUCUGAAAAGCAAAGACUCGAGGAUGAACUCAAUCACAUUAAGAGAACAGUUAGUGUUAGAGAAGAAGAGUCACGAAGAAGACAAUCGAUUCUUGAAUCGAAAAUUCAAGAAUUAGAACAAAAUUCUAAUCCGGUUAUCAAUGGAAAGCCUAAUCAAACACAACCAACUACUAAGUCAACUACCAAUACUGCAUCUUCACCCAUAUCGCCAAUAGCACCGCCUCCACCUCCUCCACCACCACCUCCACUGUUUCCAGUGUCUGCAGUCUUAAUGCCUCCUCCUCCACCCCCUCCACCUCCACCACCAAUUGGUACAUCAGUUCCACCACCUCCUCCUCCACCUUCAACCGGCGUUUCUAAUGAUAUGUUAACAUUGAAAAAGACAUACAACACAAAGUAUAAGUUACCGACAUUUAAUUGGGUGCCACUGAAACCAAAUCAAGUAAAGGGAACCGUAUUUAAUGAGUUUCAUAACGAAGAUAAGAUUCUUAAAGCAGUUAACUUUACUGACUUUGAAGAGCAAUUCAAAUUGGGAACAAAACCGGAAUUAAUGCGAAAAAAUUCAGUGUCGACUCUCAAUGCUAGCAAAAGGUUUAAAAUGCCUGAAAAAGUGUCACUUUUGGAACACAACCGCUUAAGAAAUAUGGCGAUAUCUAUGAGAAAGAUUGAUAUCGACACCGAAUCAGUGGUUCGCGCCAUCAACUCAUUUGACACCAAUUAUUUGACUUCAGAUUAUCUCGAAGUAUUGCUUCGAAUGAUUCCAAACAGUGAUGAAGUUAAGGCUUAUCGUGAAUAUGAACGGUCUGGACGUGUGUUGGAUGAGCUCAACGAUGUCGACAAAUUCCUGUUUCAUAUUUCCAAAAUCGAAAGACUUGAACAGAAACUGAAAAUUAUGUUUUAUAUGACAUCUUUGAUUCAAUUAAAUCAAGCACCGGGUGAUAGUAUUAUUGAACAAUGUCGGUCUCGUAUAUCGAUUAUUACCGAAGCGGCCAAACAACUCCGUAAAUCACAAGGAAUUCGUACGAUAUUAGAAUAUGUCUUAGUUUUUGGUAAUUAUCUCAACUCAUCGACUCGUACUAUAGCUACAGCACCGGCAUAUGGUUUUAAACUAACGACUUUAGAUUUGAUAAGUGAAACCAAAUCAAGUGUUGAUCGAUCGCGAUCUUUACUACAUUAUAUCGCAGACAUUAUUGUAAACAAUGCCGAAAAUGGUUCAAAACCUAUGCGAUCAAAUCCUUUCAUGACUUUGGGUAAGGGUUCUGGUCAUGGAUUAGGCACUGAUACUCUAGAAAACAUUAAAAUGCCAUUUGAUUUUGAGAAGCUAUUGAAUGCCAUUGAAAAGGCAACUGUCGUAUCAUUAGAAACGUGUGCUCUUGAAGUAAUAGAUUUAGAAAAGGGAAUGGAUUUAUGUAAACAGGAACUCCAAUUGAGGACCACCUCUGGCUUGACUAACAAUCAGCCGACACAACAUUUACGUCAAUUCAUAUCAAAUAAAUCUCCAGAAUUGCAGGCUUUAAGAGAAGAUCUCAAGAGAGCUCAACACGAAUAUAAUGAAUGCGUUGAAUAUUUUGGCGAAAGUACUAAAUUAAUGGAGUCUUCAAACCAAUUGUUCGGCACUUUUACAAGAUUUAUGAAAAAUUUCAAACAAUGUCAAUGCGAUAACUAUUCAGUUCAGCGCAAAAAGUUUGAAGAAGAAUUAAGACAACAGAUUCUUGAAAAACAACAGCAAAAGUCACCCGAAAAGUUGGAACCAACCAAUGAGGUUAAGGUUCGGGAAAAGCGUUUACUAAAGCAGGACGAGGUCUACAACGGCGCUCUCGAAGACAUACUUCUUGGUCUUAAGAAUGAACCGUACCGUCGAGCAGAUGCCGUCCGCCGAAGUCAACGUCGAAAACAAGAAAAUAUAAGACUUUCUUCCACAGAACUGAUGGAUAUGUGAAUAUUUUCAAGUUUUAUAGUUUUUUAUUUAUAUUUUACACAAUACUUUAAGUGAUAAUGUAUAAUAUUUUUUUAUAUAUUUACUAUUAAAUCAAAGAAUUCAAUGCUUUUACUGAUUAUUUUUGAU